AUGGUUGAUUCUUCAGAUGGAUAUCAUACGGCUAAAUUUAAUCUUAAAACAAACUUACCAUCAUUUAAUUCUGAUCAAAAUGAUAAAAAAGUGGUUGAGGAUGUUAAGAAAUUGCUUGAAAGAGUUAUUUUAUUAAUUUUACAUAAAUGGAAAUACUUUGAUAAAGAAGAUUACGAUCUUAAUAUUAAUUGGGUUGAAGGGAAACAAACAAAGAAUAACACUCGUCAUAGUCUAGAAGAAAGAUUUGGUAUUCCAUUUCCAACAAUUAAUUUGAUUAACUUAAAUGUCUUACUAUUUAAUUCAAAAGUGGUACAACUUUAUUCACCUUUAAGAUUUUAA